AUGACGAGCUUCCAAACCAUCUCGUCCGUAAACCCCAUGGUCAAAUUUUCGGAGCAAGUAACCACCAUGACCAAGCUCAUCACCCACGAAAACCAAAACUCGCCUGUGAACCCGACCCAUCUCCCACCAAAGCUCGUCCGGAUCAUACUCACAGACGCCGACGCCACCGACUCCUCCAGCGACGAAGAAGACAGCGGCGUCCGCAGAGUCAAACGACAUGUCAGACAGAUCAGCCUCGAGCUCUCUUCACCUUCCUCCUCCUCCUCCCCUUCUUCUUCUUCUUCAUUUUCUUCGGGUCAUUCCAAACGGCUCAGAAAAGGCCAACGACCCACCAAGAAACUCGGGUCGAGGUCGCCGGGAUCCGACCAGACUCGGCGGAACAAGUUCCGAGGAGUCCGCCGGCGACCAUGGGGUCGAUGGGCAGCUGAGAUCCGUGACCCGACGCGGAGAAAACGGGUCUGGCUUGGAACCUUCGACACGGCGGAGGAAGCCGCCACUGUUUACGACAGAGCCGCAGUGUUGCUCAAAGGUCCUGACGCCGUCACCAACUUUCCUAACGCCGCUAUGACGGAAGCCACGGUCGUUACUGACAUGGUGGUCCCGGCGGCGGAGGAGAGCUACGGGUGCGGAUCAUUUACGCCCAACGAGGCUGCCACGUCGCCCACUUCCGUUCUCCGGUACGACGAGUUAACGCCGUUCGACGGUUUCCGUUACGGCGAGGUGGACGCCUUUGGGUUCGAUAUCGACCUGCCAUUAAGCCUGCCCGAUAUUAUGUUGUCGAAUAAUAACAACUUUGCUCACGACGAGUUCGGCGAGUUUGACGUCAACGAUUUCUGGGUUGACGUCAUAUGUUAA